AUGAGCGAGAUGGCGGACAUGGUAAAAAGUAAGUGGUUUUUAUAAUACUUUGGAUUAGUUAUAGAUAUAAUCUAUAAAACAGGAGUAUUUAAGAUUGUUAUGAGUGUUUUUAAUUUCCACGUUAUAGUAGGCAAUAUAAAGGUAGAUCUGGCUUUAGGUUGUCUUUAUAAUAUAUUAUGGUUUAGCAUUUUAAUUUUUAAAGUUAAGAACGAAACUUAACUAUAUAAAAAGACGGUUUAAAUCUAAAAUUUCAGUUAUUGAGCAGCGUCUGCACUUGAUGAUAUCAAAAUACGAAGAACGCAAUCAGAAGGACAAGGCCGUUGCACUGAUGCUAGUGCUCAAAGACAUGACGGACUUCACGGUUGGAGCAGUGUGUCAUUUCAUGAAUACAAUGGAGAAAGUACAAAAUGUAAAAAAGUCGAUUGACCCCCCAAACCCAUCGGAUAAACGUGUUUUGCUGAGAGAUGCAUCUACUCAAAGCUUGUCCAAUACAUCUGUAUUGCCGCUACAAGACUCAAAGGCCGAUUCACUCGACAAUACGGAUGGGUCUUCGUCAAAUGGUUUGUUACACACUUCAACUGAGAUGUCUCAAUCUACCAAAGAAGAUUGUGGUGAAAUGAUCAAAGUACCUUUACCAACUGAAAAUAUGGAUAAGAAAGUGUCAUCUACCGAAAAGUUAAACAACACAUCUGUUUCUUCACUAAACUCAUCUACUUCAUUGCUGAAUUGUACUGGAAUAUCAGUUGACUCAAUUUCAAAUUUAUCAGAUAUUCUGUCACCUAUUUCAGCUACGGCUUUAGCAUCUACUCCACUUUCUGGUAUGGAAGUUACUUCACGUGUGGCACCCGUAGCCAUUUCACCUGCUAAUUCUUUAUCGGAUUUAUCAACUGCAUCACUACCUACUUCUGCCUUAUCAUCUGUUUCAGUAUGUGAUAUGGAACUUGCUGUAGGUGAUAUUCCAUUACCUACUACAGCUGCUGAUAAUAUGCCGAAUUUCUACGCUGAGGCUCUACCUAAUUCAAACUUAUCUGAAUCGACUUCAUCAUCUGUUGUGGGUAAUGCCUCGUCUUAUGCUCACUUGUCCACUUCUCUAGUCGAUAUGUUACCUGAUUUGUCUACUCACAACGUGGGUCUAGAAGCUGAAGUUAUGUUAAAUGAAUCAGAUGAUUUUGAGAUUAUUUUUGAAGGUGAGCUAAUCAGAAAUCCGCCCGUCGAUAAGGAAAACAAUGCUGUUAAAGGUGAAGAUGAAGAUGAGGUCAUGGUGAUAGACAACGUUUCAGAUGAUGCAAAGCAUGAAGUAAAAAAGGAUAAUUUUGACGAAAAUGGAUCAGUUAAAAGCUUUAACGAUGGUUCUGAAGGAGUGAAAGCCUACAGAUUGCCUUGCAAAGUGUCACAAGGGUGAGUUUGUUUAGGAUUUUGCAUUUGAAAGAGGAUUUUUGACUUUUAAAAUUUACUUUUGAGGUUAUAAUAUAUAAUACACAUGUUUAGCUUCUAAGUAUAUAAAAUAUACAAUAUUAUCUUAGCAAAAAAUAUAUUUAUAGAAAUCUUAUAUGGUUUUACCUUGAUAAUUUCAGAACUGACGUUGUGAACUUGACUAUGAAGCAGCCCAAUGAUAAUGUCAUCUUGCUUACUACUGAUGUCAAAGGCAAAAAUGAAAAAGCUGCUGCGAACUUGUUACGAAUGAACGGUUCUUCACUUGGAAUGCUGAGAACAAGGAUUUUGGAUAUCAACUUCCCGUCUUAUGUGUCCAAUCUUAUCAUUACUUCCAAUGACGAAUGGUUGAAGGAAACGCCCAAAGAACUUACGGUAAGCCUUUAAACUGGUGUCUUCUUGGAACUUUAAAGUUUAUGGUUCUUUUUAACUUAUAAAACAAUUUAAUACUGGUAAAAGGUUUGUAGAGAAUUAAAGAGAGCUAUUUGCAUCUGUCAUCUACAAUAUUAUCUUACUUUUUAUAUUUCAGAGACUAUUCGAAGCCAUCAAAUCUAGAAUUCCGAACGUGAAGAUCUUCUUUGUUCCUUAUGCUGAAGGCCAGAAUCUGUACAAGAUGAUUCACCUAGCCAAGAAUGCAGCAUCAUCCAUGCCAGGCAUCAAUAUUAUCCAUCCGAACCAGUUUUACCAAGAUUAUGUGGCUUUGUUCCAUUCGAAACACCACAGUAAAGAUGUCAAAGUCUUUUUCCGAAAUUUGAACGACUUCGUGAUCAGAUGUAGAAAACAUCCGGAGGCGGUUCAAUUGCUCUAG